AGCUUUGGAUGCGAAAAGCUGGUUGCGGAAGUUGUUUCUCAUAGUUAUCCGGUUAACAGUUGAAUAUACGUAAAAUACAGAUCUAGUUUGCAAAAAAUGGCAGCUAGAUAUGACAGAGCUAUAACUGUUUUCUCUCCCGAUGGUCAUUUGUUUCAAGUAGAAUAUGCGCAAGAAGCUGUGAAGAAGGGUUCUACAGCUGUUGGAAUCCGGGGAAAAGACAUUGUUGUACUGGGUGUGGAGAAAAAGUCUGUCGCAAAGCUACAGGAGGAGAGGACUGUUCGGAAGAUAUGUGCUCUCGAUGAGCACGUUUGCAUGGCGUUUGCAGGUCUCACAGCUGAUGCAAGGAUUGUCAUUAACAGAGCAAGAGUAGAGUGCCAGAGUCACAGGCUUACAGUGGAGGACCCUGUCACUGUAGAAUACAUCACUCGUUACAUUGCAACCCUUAAACAGCGAUAUACCCAGAGCAAUGGGCGUCGUCCCUUUGGCAUCUCGGCCCUGAUUGUAGGUUUCGACUAUGAUGGAACUCCUCGUUUGUAUCAGACAGAUCCUUCAGGAACAUACCACGCAUGGAAGGCAAAUGCAAUUGGGCGCAGUGCUAAGACUGUGAGGGAGUUUCUGGAGAAGAACUACACCGAUGAAGCCAUUGCCAGUGACAACGAUGCUAUCAAAUUGGCCAUCAAAGCCCUGCUGGAGGUUGUCCAGUCUGGAGGCAAGAACAUUGAGCUGGCUGUGAUCAGGAGAAACCAGCCCCUUAAGAUUCUGGAGUCCAAGGAGAUUGAGACGUUGGUUGCUGAAAUUGAGAAGGAAAAAGAAGAGGAAGCAGAGAAGAAGAAGCAAAAGAAAUCCUCAUAGGCCAUAAGCACCCGAGCCUUAACUCCCAUAAGUUAGUUUUGUUGAUAUGGGCAGAAGCACUUGGCUCGGACCGACAGUUUCCUUCACCCUGAACUCUUUUCUCCUCCCUUGUUGGUUAAGACCACCAUCUUUUUUUCAUAAGAGACUCACUGGGAGUGCUGCAUAUAGAAAUAAGCUUUAGUAGUAGCAGUAUUCAUCACUGAAGAUCUGUGAUGGCUUUUCCCCCCCAGAAUACCCUACACCAAGGUUUUAUUGUGUAAAAUGUGCUUUGGGGAUAAAGAUGCACUCAAGUUAACAGUGAGUUACAGUGGCUACAAAAGUGAUGGCGCUUCUUUGGUAUGUAGUUCCUGACUAGAUGCAGUGCUGUGCUAUCGGGAUCUAUACUACUAUUGAAGAUUUUGUGAAGAAGUGCUGAAAAUGACAUGCCCAAAUAAAAUAGUGGUUUGUAUUCUC